AUGGCGAAGAGACGUCAAAAUCACUCCUGCGAACAAUGCAGGAAAGCAAAGAAAGCCUGUGAUGGCUAUAUUUUAAAUAGCGGCAAAGCCGUAUUCAUUGAAGCUGAGAAUUCUGGCAUGCCCUCUCCAUGCUCGUACUGCAUUAGGACAAGCAAAACCUGCAGUCUGAACCCUCACUGGGGCCAAGAUGAUCGGCAAACAGAAGAGGGCUUGUCGCGCUCAGAAAAUAUCGGACUAGAUGAUGAACAACGCCGGGACAAAAGGCAGCGAAUUCAGCCACCAGAGAAUGAGAUCGAGGCGUCAGUAACACCCAUUUGUACGGUUCCUUGCCAAACUUCACCCACAGAACCUUUACAUGCGCCUCUGCCAGAAAAUAACGUGGUUGAUUGGGACGCGCUGUCUGCGCCUGUUGCCCCUCAUCCCAUUAGUCAGUCAGCCCUCGCGGGGGCUCUUGCGGGAUACGAUAAUUGUUCACACCCAGGGGACCCGGGGCAAGUGAGCUCCAUAGCUGUACCCGACAACAAGCACGCAGACCAGGUCGAAUAUAAUGGUUUGGAUAGCCUCAUGGAUUCAGCACUGGCCAAUUCCACCACCCACGAUUCUCACUACUCGGACUUUAAUUCACAAACCUUCAUCCCUGAUACACCCCAAACGCUUUUCUACAACCCCAAUCCCGCUUUCUCCAUAUCUUCAGUGUUGGAGGAGAGAGGCCAAAACGAAUUGUGGAGGGGGCACAAAAAACGGAAAGAUAUCUGCGACUCGCAAGACUAUUUUGCCAUGACACUGUCUCUAUUUGGUGCGGGCCAUCUCGCUAUGGAAAAUUCGAACCGAGUUCUCAUAUCCGAGAGCCUUCUGCGGAUUUAUCAUGAUGUUCUAGAGAACAACCUCGGGUGCUGGUUGGCAGAAGAUACAUGCCCAUACAAGAUGCGGCAGAGGCGGCACGAGCCACUUUCCAUCAACCAGAGCCCGAGUUCAGGACAAAUACCGUCCGAAUGGGGCGUAUCAUGGACAAACCGCAUGUACUGUCGUAUUAAACAGCUCGAUCGAUCCGCCCGGUCGGCAAAGCUGAUUCAUCUCUCUGCAUCGGAAAAUCGAGCGGCUUCCAAAGCCCUCGAGCUGUCUAUCAUGGCAUUUGCCACGCAGUGGGCCCAGGGAGGACGGCGAUGGGAUGGUCAUUGGCUGGUAAAUAGGUGCGAGGAUGAAGGAAUGCGCGACGAAUUUGGGCAGACACUGCAUCGAUCUGUUUGGGAAUGUGCAAACCAGGCGCUCCAAGAUGUCACCCACGUGGAGUGUUUUAGGGUGGUCUUCGCUGAGUUGGUUUUCGGUCUUAUACAGAAGCCGUCGUCAAACUAUUUCGAUGCACGCGCAAAGGAUAGGCAUAACACCGAUCAGAACAAAAGCUUGAAGCCUUCAACGCUGGCACAGGUCAUGAGCAUCAUUGAUCAGGGGGAACCGCCGGUAUUCAUUGAGCGAGGGGCUCGCAAAAUCCACGUGCUCAAAUACCGAUUCAAAGCGCGCCAGGCAGGCUUUCACAAUCUCGGCACUAAACUAGACGAGCAAGUCCCGGUAGAGUUCAGUACGGAAGAGACCCAGACGGUCGGCGUCUUGUACUGGCUCGCAAUCAUGUUUGACACGGUCUCCUCAUCCAUGAAUGAGCGGCCAGUCGUCGUUCCCGAUGACGAAUGCCAACACGAAGCUGCACAGGAGACAGUACGAAAUCCCACUCAACCCCCGACCUCUAGCCGCCGGUGGGAACUCGACCUCUACGCCCAGGAGGAUCCCGAGAAGGCACUAGCCAUGCGUUGGCCUUGCCCGUACGAGUUCGUGAUCAGGGCCCUCCCCAGAUCAGCAGCUGUGAAAGUGCUGCUCUUCCGCUACAUCUCAUACCUUCAGAACGCCUUGAAAAAUGCCGAAUGCAACAAAGUCGUGGAAGACAUUAUCCAACGCACGAUAUGCGUGUACCGCUACUGGAUGAAGACGCACGGGGCUUUAUUCCGCGACCUGACCAGACACUACGACUCAGUCCCUCCGCGGAUCAAGAGCUGGUUCCCGUGUAUUAGCAUCCCCUGGCAUCUGGGCUCCCUCAUGCUGGCCGACCUGAUCGAGUUCGUGGAUAUGAACAGUCUCGGCUGCGAUGACUACAUGGCAGAGCGUGAAGAUGUCUGUCUGGUAACCAAAAUUCGGAAAGAAAGCUCAAUCGACAUGGCAGACCUUGCAGCUGUCCUGACCCCUGGACCUUUGGGGGGAAUAGGUCUAAACCAACUGCCGGGCUUUCACUUCGCCGUCAAUGAGAGCCCGCUUUUGACUGAGCCCUGGACGGUGCUUCUCGUUCGGGCGUUUUCCAAAGCUUCAAUAUUCCACCUGAAGGAAAUAGAAAAGCUGCAGAAGUACCAGCGUUUCGUCUUUGAUCAUGAGAGCAAGGCCCUGCAGACGAGUGUCGCACGCCUCGAGAACUGUGUUACGGCUCUCCGAUUCCUGGGUAUCAAGUCAGCGAUGGCCGAGGCUAUUUCUAUAGUACUAUCUGAAUCGCUGAGUAAAUGCCGAACUCUGGGCUGA